CCCGUGUUUAUACAGUAUCUUUGGUACGACGCAUACAAUUAUGUCUCAAUCCCUCUCAACAGCCCUCAACCCAACCACCUCCACGACACUCACAACACCUCUGGCCAAACAUGCCGCUCAAAACGAAGCCCAACGUCAAAAUGUCCAAAUAGUCGAUGCGCACACGACACCGGACCAGAUUGCCCAAGCGGCUGAGAAUGUACCUGUGCCCAUUAUUUUAGCAGAGGAGGAACAGCCUGUUGAAGGUGUCUUUCAGAAUGUCGUGAAUUUUAGAGAUGUUGGUCGAGGGUUUAAUGAGGAUUCUGGAAAAAGUUACAUGAAAACUGGCAACCUAUUUCGAUCCGGUCGGCUCGACGAUGCCACAACCAAAGACUUGGAACUCCUCACUGCCAAAUAUGGGAUCAAAACUGUCGUUGAUUUGCGAUCAGAAACUGAAGGCAAAAUGGGUGAAGAUCUUGUCAAUACUUUUCCAGCGUCUGCCAUCAACGAGCAAACAAACAUUGCCGAACUCAUCAAAGUGGGGGACGGCGCGGUGGUAACUGCAAAAGCUGAGCCUAUGCAGUUGCAUUCCGAUGGUGAUACGGGUGGCGAGGAUGUACAGCGGGUAACGUAUUACAUCAAUUUUGCGGGAAGAAAGUUUAGGAGGCAUUCCGUGUGGAAGCCUUUGCGGUUGAAAACCAAGCUCAAGGUCAUUGCUCUCAUGGCAAUGAAUCAAAAACCGCGCGUGAUUGAACUCGUUGGGCAAAGCGUCAUUGAACCUCGGGGCCUCCUCGGGCUAAACAAGGAUUUCGUGGACUAUUGUGGUGCUGAAAUUGUCCAAGCCCUCCGGCUCCUUUCCAACCCAGCCCAUUAUCCUCUCCUCGUGCACUGCACACAAGGGAAAGACCGCACCGGCCUCGUCAUUGCACUGGCCCUACGGUGUGCCAAGAUCCCCGAAAGCUAUAUCAUCAAAGACUAUGCACGGACACAAGAAGGGCUAGCCCGGCAACGGGAUGUCAUGGUGGAAGAGAUGCGGAAAACAGGGUUGGAUCCAUCUUUUUGUGAUGCUCCCCCCAAUGUCAUUAAACAAACGUUGGAGUAUAUUAGACAAAAAUAUGGAAGUGAAGAGGCCUAUUUGGAAAAGUGGGGUUUUGGAUGGGCGGAACAAAAAAAGGUCAUGGCGUGUUUGGUUCGGCAGGACGUGGAUGAUUUGGAAGGAUUGGAUGGGGAGACUGUAAACAAGUGCGAUGAUUAACUCAAAGCGUAACAGUUUGACGUUUUCUUACCUCAGUUCGACGAUAUCCUUGCAAGGAUCUGUAAAUAAAAUCUCCUUGUCUGAUCACGUCAUCUGCUUACGAAAGCGGGGA